UCUCUCUGCAAGGGAUUCAUCAAAUGCAAUCUAAAUGUCCUUUUGGACACUUUAUCUACUCAUGUAAAUCUUCCCUCAACAUGUAGUUUUUUCAGUCUUUUAUGUUGAGGUCCAAUCUUUCUCUCAGGAAGAGGAAUCUACCUUGAUUUUUGAAGAGUUUGACAGGCAGUUCAUAAAGCAUUAAGUAUGAUGUCUUCACCAUGUUUUCUGCAGGCUUUCUCCUGACAGAGUUGUGAAGACCAUCAGGUGUGGUGUCUUGCCUGGAACAAGGCUGGAGCUGUGUGUUUGUGUGUUUCCCUGUGCAGAAUCAUACAUACCUUUGCUUCUUAAUAAAUGCGUUAGCAAAUUAAAAUAACCACGAGAGGACCAAGUGGAGCAGUACAAGACAAGGCAAACAUAUAUGCUCUAAGGAAAUUAUUUUAUAAACCUAGAAUAUGGGGGUAUUGAACUUUGCUAGAACUAGAGAAGAAGGAACAUUUCAUUGUUUUGACAUUCUUUUCUACUUAGAAGUUAAAAAGACAUUCUCAGGCAAAUAAGAUAUAAAAUAGAACAAAUAAGGAGCAACUCAAACUACCUAGCUUGCUAAGCAUCUUUUCAACUCCUAAAUUCAUGUUCUGGUGCAGCUCUGCUGACAGCAGCAAGAUUGAUUGCUCAGAGUGCAGUACGUGCAGUGACAACCUUCCCUGAGCUGGGGUUCUUACUAACACUAGCACCACGGCUUCUGCUAAGGUACUAGCUGGGCCACUGGAAUUGCUUCCUUACAUUUUCUGGUAUAGACCCAUCUCAUGUGGAUUCUUCAGAUUCAUUAUGUCUAUUCCAGAGGAUAAGUGUCUUCCUUUCCCAGCCUUGACUGAAGUUGCCUUUAUUUUGCAGAUGGAGAGAAAUGAGUAACUCCCAGUCUUGCAACACUGGCUCAUAUUGUGGACAGAUACUCUCCCUGAAAUAAGCGCAUGGUUUUCUAGGAACAGCACGUAGGAAAAGUUACCUCUUCCUCUACUGGAAGAAGAAAAGAUAUUUCUCUUUCAUGAAGCCCUUAUGUGUAUCACUUUCCUUGAUGGCCAAAACAUGUACUGAAAUAUCCCAUGUAUUUUUAGGAAAUUGAUACAAGGGGUAUUUGGGGGUCAGUAAUCUUAUUUUAACUGUUUUGGAAUGCGGUUGCAGUUAAUUCUGUGGAGAACACUUUUUAUGUUGUGAUUUAGAACCCAGUUUUGGCUUUUGAUAUUUCUUCAUGGGUUGCAGUGUUCCCUUACUUCACUUUCACAUGCACUGUAUUUCCUAUAGUUUCCAAGGUCAUAUUUGUAACUGCCUUUGAAAUGACAUCUCUGGAAAGUGAUGGAAUUAUCUCAGCAUCUCUGAACAAAAAUGACAUGCAGUUGGAAAGCAUUUUAACUUGCCCCUUCUCUUCAGGAUACACAUGAAGCGAUAGCCCUGAUUAGACUGAAUAUUUAGUGAUCUUCCACUUAAAAAAAUCCCACUUUUUUUUUUUUCCCUCUGUCACUUGUUUUUUUCCCUCCCCAGUAACAUUUGGCAGGUACAGAAGCUGUCCUCUUCAUAAAAUGAGUAGAGCUGCCUCAGGAAUUUCUCUUUAUUGCCAUGCAUUUGGAUGACAGCCUCGUGUUUUAUGCUGUGCUUUUCUCAGCAGCAGAAUUGGAAAUAAUACUUAGGAAAGUACCAGAUUGAGAGAGACUAUUAAAGUCUCUUAAGUUGUCAUACAUCUUGAAGUAGAAGACACUCCAGAAAUGUGGAGAAUUGUAGUUCGUAACACAGGAGAGAGAGGCAAAUGUUAGUUGGUUUGGGAUUCACGCUUAGUUUGGCUGUUUAUUUUUGAAUUUUAUUAUCCUUCUGAAAGUCACUUCUGGUCGUCUCCAAGGUACCUGGGGACAACCCUGCUAAGUUCCUGAUUUGUCAUUCUGAGCGUCCAGGACCUGUGGCUGAGAGUCCAGAGGUGGUGAAUUACAGCUGUCUCCAGGGUCAGGGAGAGCUUUAGCAGAGGAUUACAGUGGGUGGUCUCUAGAGGUCCCUUCCAAACCCCUGUGAAUCUGUGAGCUCAGUGUAGCGCCAGUGAAUAUCCAGCUGGAUGGUUCCCAGCUGUUAGCACUGUUUCAGCAGUGGGGAUGGCAAUGAGAAAGACAAGCUGCAUUCUGGGUGGCCAUGCACAACUGUCAUACCACAAAAUGAAGAGCAUCUCAAUCAACUCAUCAGCUAAUGGUGGUGACUAUGUUGAAAAACAGUGUUUUGUAGCUGAGAAUUUGCUCUGUCAAAUAGUGUUAUUGUGCUCUUUGUAACUGUCAUAGUUUGGAUGGAAACAAAUAGAAUGUAUUACUUUUGGAGUGACCUAAUAAGAGAUGAGUGAUGGAACUUUUAAACCAGUGUACAGAAUGCAGAAACUUCUUAAAAACUUCUUAGACACACUGCAUCAGCAGGUGGGGAGCAAUCCUGAGAAACAGAGGGUCAAUAUCACUGAUUGGUGUUGGCAGGAACAUGUGCACAGUGCUGAGCACUCAGAUCAGGAGAAACCCAUUUCUGCACAGAGAAGCCACAACCUGGAGUGAUUUAGAGGUGAGUGUUUGGUGGAAGUUUUACACAGACAGUUUUUGCUUAGCUGCGUGUACACGUUUAUAGGUGAAACUUAAAGCAAUAUGUUUCACCUUCUGAAGUACGUACAUAGAUUCUUGUAAUUCUCGAUUAUCUUGGAUUUGCUCUAAGUUGCUGUGCGUGAAUUUCCAGGACAAGUUGCAUGUUGAUUUCCAGCAUUUUCUGUGGGCUUUUCUUUCUGUAAGAAAGAGGAAAACCUAAGUAUUAUCAUUUAAAUCAAACAAUGUUUCUUAUGUGCACUGGAGAAAAAUAAGAAGGAAAGAAACAAGAGGAAAGAAAGGGUUGGUCUAAAGUCUUAGAGAAAGCAGCAGAGCCAUUUUGACGUGAAGAUGAUCACAGAAUUUUCCAUUAACUUUUAUUUUUGGAAAGGCUGUUUUUUUCUCAGUGUUUUCAGUGGAAAGUUUCUUUUCAUCCUUCAUUGGAGUAAGGUUGUCAGUAAAUGUCCCCUGUAUUUUAGCCUAGCUAGCUACAAAUUUGUAUCUGAUGUAAGGUCAUUGCUCACUGUUGGGCCUUCUUUUCCUGUGAGGACUUGCAGCCAGACACAUCCACAUUCUGGACGUAGAAACAAGUACUCCAUACAGAUGUUUUUCUUAAACUCUUCCUUACCCCAGGAGACCAAAGCAGUCUUUCCUACCGCUGGAAUCAGACAGACUGUAUUUUCUUGCUGAACAUGUGCAGUUAAAGUCCUCCUUAGCACAGACAGGUAAUUAAAGUUUCAUCCUCACCAUCUCCAUCCUGUUUGGGAGGUGUGCUAAAAUUAAAUUCAACCAAAGGAGCAGCUGUUAGUGCUGUGGAAAGGCCACGUAAAAUACAGUUAUACAUUGCAAAUGUGAAGAGUAGAAUGUGUCAUGGUCACAGGUCAUUUGAGGGAAAAAAUAAACAAACUAGCAAUAAGGCUGUACUGUGUAUUACCCUUCUCUGCAGGAGAGAUUUAUGUGCUUUCACCCAGCGUACUUGGGGUCGGGCUUGAUGUGCUUUCCUUGAUGGAGAAAUAGCUGUACUUAAUUCAACAUUUAACCAUUUUUCAAGGUGGCAGAUGAAAUCCUUGCCGUCAAUACCAACUCUACUGUGCAUAUUCUGUACCAAAUCCGUUCCAGUAUCAACUUUGGGGAGGCCCAGUGACUCCCAGGAGUCCUGCUUAAUCCCAGGAAUAAUCAGGGAGAAACCCAUCAGUCUGUCCUCUAAAUCCAUUCUCUUCUUUUCCUCCUUUUUCCCAGUGUUCUUCCUAAAAAGUAACAGCACAGGCUCUGUGCUGCUUAUUUCUAAUGGAGCUGAUCGCAAAAUGUCCUCUGCUUUUUUUAGUGUUCACUAUCUAUUGAGAGUUGAAGAAUAGUGGUUUCUAAAUUAAUUUGAAGAUGUCCUGUAAAAUGUAAGCUCUGAAACACAGCCCCAUUAUUAUAUCCCCUUAAGUGUGGCACCCUGCAUACACUGGGUCUCUUUUUAUCUUUGGAUGCACAAUGCUGUGCUCUGUAUUUUAUGUACAAAGGAAAUUAAAUGUAUUUUUUUUCUUUAAAAGAUGAGAUCUUCAUCCAUCACCAGCUGUCAGCUCCUAAUAAUGUUGCCCAGAGAAGUGUUAUCUGUGAUUUAGUGGCUAUAGUGGACUAUCUUUUGUUGAAUAGAGGACGGCAGAAUAAAAUUUCAGCUUAAUAUAGCUCUUUUCAUACUCCCUCUGAAUAACGGAGGAAAGGAGGAGAGAAAGAGCAAAGAAUCUUGGCUUCCCAGCUCAAGUUUCUUCUGUUUUACAGCGCACAGGGCAUUUUAGAAAAGAAAAGAAAAGGAAAGAAAAUGAAAGUGGAAAAAAGGAACUAAGAGAAAAUAAUUAAAAAAGUGGAAAGAAGAAAAGCUUAGGUACAAAAAUAGUAGUGGAAAACAGAGUGUUCUUUCUGACUGGUCCCUCUGGAUAGAGGAAGAAGGAAAAUUAUUUCUGUCUCGGGAAAAAAUCCUGGGCUUAAAAAUGCUCUUGUCUCAAGUAAGAGUGAGAAGUCAAGUAUUGUAUUUUGAAAGGUGGUGGUUUUAGAAAUGAUUUUAUUUGAGCGAACAGUGAUGUUUUAUUUUGGUUUUUGUGUUUUCCUAUUCUUGAUUAUUUUUUCUCAGGCAGCUUAACUUCGGAAAUGAAAAGCCACUGGUCUUAAAAGCAUGUUUUUCACUCAAAAGAACAUCAACGCAGAGUGUUUCAGCAGUUUCCAAAACUUUUCACAAAAAAAAUAGUCUCAAUAAGAGUAAUUUAACAACAUAGAUUCCUCUCAACGAACAAGCUACUAAACAUCCAUCAACCAGAUAGAAGAUGUUCUACAAUGCAUUUUUUAACCAACUGUUGUAGUCAUUUCCUCAGUUAAUUGAUGAAUCUGCAUCUUACACACUCAGUACAUCUGCAGCUGCGUGCUAUGUGGUGGUGCACAUGAGUGUUACCCCCAGCAGGAGAGCACACCUGCUAAGGGUGAGCUGCACACUUGCAGUUGACUGGGGAUUUAGGUACCCAGUAGCUCUUUAAGAAGACCUUUUCCUUACUGUCUCCAAUGUUCUGCUCUCCUGGCCGAUGACAGCUUUUACAUCAGCUGGGAUGUUGUGUCUGAAAACAAGUCCUUCUGUCUCCUUCCUUUCACUAAUACUGCAACCUAAAAUUAUUUCUGUUUACUUUGUCUUAAAUUAUGUCAUUUCAUGUUAAAUAUUUCAAACAGAAUUCUCAUAUGCUGUAAUAUAAGAAGAAACCCAACAUUUUUCCUAGUCUCACUACCCAGGUGUAAAAGAUAGGUGUAGGUUUUCCAUCAUUUUAAGUUACUUGUAGGGGAACUGUUAGGUCAGGGCUUGAGCUGGUGAUUGAGCACCUGGUGAAGGGGUGUGCCUGGUCCAGGGAGCACAGGCACAUUGCUUGCACCAGUGCUCCCCACGUGAGCAGAAGGAGUAAACCCAGGGGUGAGCUGUCCUGGGCUCAUAUAAGGGCUAGCCACUGGAGGGAGGCUGUUUCUUGGAUGUAUGCUGCUUCCUGAGGAGGAGUGCUGUAUUGCUAGAGAGCCCCUUCACCAAUUGGGUGCCGUGACUGGAGGUGGUGCCUCUGUCAGAGUCUGAGGAGUCACUCAGGGGCAGAAGGAUGCCAGGGAGUUCAGGGUGGUACCCUCCUCGCUGAAAUGAGCUGAACCUCUGUUUGGUUUCUGGAAAAAGCUCUAGUCGUGUGUCCUGCUACCCCCAUGACAAACAGCAAACUUGCUGAUGCACCUCCCCGCUCACCCUGACAGCUGCACAAGAGAGCCCAGGUUCCGUAGCGAGCACGGCAACUUGGACUGACAUGCGGAGGAGCAGCCCCGCACACACGCACGGCGGUGGUACCCACGAGAUGCAGUGAGCUCCGUUAGGAACCGGAAGGAUUUAUCCCAGUGGAGCCCCCCCACCUCCCAAAAACUCAGGAAAGCCGCCAGAAGGGGUUCUCGGCCUUUUUGGAUCUACACAGUGGAAGUUGCAUCUUGUGUAUGGCGUGGUUAAGCUUGCAGCCUCUCACCUCGGCCUUCCUCCAUUUUGGGCUGGUUACUUUUGUGCUGUUUUUGCAUGGUUUGCAGGUGGAUGCUGGCCUGACGGGAGACUCAACCAGUUCAGUACAAAACAGCUCGUGUUCAGGAUCUUUUGACUGCAAGGAAGGUGUUAUCCUGCCAAUAUGGUACCCAGAAAACCCAUCCCUUGGGGACAAAAUUGCCCGUGUUAUUGUAUACUUUGUAGCACUGAUCUACAUGUUCCUUGGAGUCUCCAUCAUUGCAGAUCGUUUCAUGGCAUCUAUAGAGGUCAUUACAUCGCAAGAGAAAGAAAUCACAAUUAAGAAACCCAAUGGAGAGACCACAACAACAACCAUUCGGAUUUGGAAUGAAACUGUUUCCAACUUGACCCUCAUGGCUCUGGGCUCCUCCGCUCCUGAGAUCCUUCUGUCUCUGAUAGAAGUGUGUGGGCAUGGAUUCAUAGCUGGAGACCUGGGUCCGUCUACAAUUGUUGGCAGUGCUGCCUUCAAUAUGUUUAUCAUCAUUGCCAUCUGUGUCUAUGUGAUCCCUGAUGGGGAAACCAGAAAGAUAAAACACCUGAGAGUUUUCUUUGUCACAGCUGCAUGGAGCAUCUUUGCUUACAUCUGGUUGUACAUGAUCCUUGCUGUCUUCUCUCCAGGUGUAGUCCAGGUCUGGGAAGGUCUGCUCACACUUUUCUUCUUUCCACUUUGUGUUCUUCUGGCGUGGAUAGCAGAUAGACGCCUGCUUUUCUAUAAGUAUAUGCACAAAAAGUACCGUACUGACAAGCACAGGGGCAUUAUCAUAGAAUCAGAAGGUGAUCACCCUAAAGGAAUUGAGAUGGAUGGCAAGAUGAUGAACUCCCACUUUCUGGAUGGAAACUUAGUGACUGUGGAGGGGAAAGAGGUAGAUGAAUCUCGUAAAGAGAUGAUCCGGAUCCUUAAGGAUUUGAAGCAAAAACACCCAGAAAAGGAUUUGGACCAGCUGGUAGAAAUGGCUAACUACUAUGCCUUGUCACAUCAGCAAAAGAGCAGAGCCUUUUAUCGCAUUCAGGCUACCAGAAUGAUGACGGGGGCUGGCAAUAUCCUGAAGAAGCAUGCAGCUGAGCAAGCCAAGAAGAGCACCAGCUUGCAUGAGGUGCGUCCAGAUGAGCCUGAGGAAUUCAUCUCCAAAAUUUAUUUUGACCCAUGCUCCUAUCAGUGUCUUGAGAACUGUGGUGCCGUUCUCCUGACAGUGGUGCGGAAAGGAGGGGAUGUGUCCAAGACCAUCUAUGUGGACUAUAAAACUGAGGAUGGCUCUGCCAAUGCUGGUGCUGACUAUGAGUUCACAGAGGGGACUGUUGUCUUGAAAUCAGGGGAGACCCAGAAGGACUUCUCAGUGGGAAUCAUUGAUGAUGACAUCUUUGAGGAGGAUGAACAUUUCUUUGUGCGGCUCAGUAACCUCCGUGUAGUGGACAAUGAGGAGCCUCCAGAGCUCGGUAACUCCCCAUACCCAAAGGCCAUACUGGCUUCUCCUUGUGUGGCCACAGUGACUAUCUUGGAUGAUGACCAUGCUGGCAUCUUCACGUUUGAGUGUGAUGUUAUACAUGUCAGUGAGAGCAUUGGUGUGAUGGAAGUCAAAGUCCUAAGGACAUCAGGUGCUCGGGGUACAGUCAUAGUGCCAUUUAGGACAGUAGAAGGGACAGCAAAAGGAGGUGGAGAAGACUUUGAAGACACUUAUGGGGAGCUGGAGUUCAAGAAUGAUGAAACUGUGAAGACCGUAAGGGUUAAGAUAGUAGAUGAGGAGGAAUACGAAAGGCAGGAGAAUUUCUUCAUUGCCCUUGGUGAGCCGAAAUGGAUGGAACGAGGAAUAUCAGAAGUGGCUGAGAGGAAGCUGACAGUUGAAGAGGAAGAAGCCAAGAGGAUUGCAGAGAUGGGCAAACCAAUUCUUGGUGAACACCCCAAACUAGAAGUCAUCAUUGAGGAGUCCUAUGAGUUCAAGAGCACUGUGGACAAGCUCAUUAAGAAGACAAACCUAGCUUUGGUUGUAGGGACACAUUCCUGGAGGGACCAGUUUUUGGAGGCCAUCACCGUCAGCGCAGCGGGUGAUGAAGACGAGGAUGAGUCUGGUGAAGAGCGCCUGCCGUCCUGCUUCGACUACGUGAUGCACUUCCUGACCGUCUUCUGGAAGGUGCUGUUUGCUUGUGUGCCCCCCACCGAGUACUGCAAUGGCUGGGCCUGCUUCGUUGUCUCCAUCCUCAUCAUUGGCAUGCUCACAGCUGUCAUCGGCGACCUCGCCUCCCACUUCGGCUGCACCAUCGGCCUCAAGGACUCAGUGACCGCCGUUGUGUUUGUAGCCUUCGGCACCUCUGUACCAGACACGUUUGCCAGCAAAGCUGCAGCCAUCCAGGACGUGUACGCCGACGCCUCGAUCAGUAACGUCACAGGCAGCAACGCCGUCAACGUCUUCCUGGGCAUUGGGCUGGCAUGGUCUGUGGCGGCGAUCUACUGGGCGUCACAGGGGCAGGAGUUCCAGGUGUCGGCUGGCACCCUGGCCUUCUCUGUCACCCUCUUCACCAUCUUCGCCUUCAUCUGCAUCAGUGUCCUCCUCUACCGCCGGCGGCCCCACCUUGGGGGAGAGCUGGGCGGUCCCCGGGGUUGCAAACUGGCCACAACGUUGCUUUUUGUCAGCCUGUGGCUGCUGUACAUCCUCUUUGCCACCCUGGAGGCCUAUUGCUACAUCAAGGGGUUUUAGGCGGCGGAGGGACAAUGCCGCCGAGGGAGGGGACCCCCCCUCCUCCAUUACCUCACCAGACUCCGGCCCUGGACACAUGGUUUCAGCAGGAGGGACGGCUGUCAGCCUGCCGCCCAGAAGGGCUGGGUGCCGGGAUGGGCAGAUCCAUCACAGGAUGAAAAAGAAAUCCAUGAAAACCACCCCAAAAAUUAUACAAAAGAAAAGAAAGCAACAAGGGCAAGCGUUUAAGUGAGCAAGACAAAGUGAACCCAGCCACUGCCCCCAGUUGACGUGAUUAAGAAGUCUCAGCCAUCUCCCAAGGCCACCUCUCCCGCAGGUUCGUUUUCUCUUCUCUGGAUCACCCCUCCGCUGUAAGGAGAUGCUUUUUUGUUUUUACUCUUUAGGAAUUGCAUAAGUGUGAUAGGGAAUUUUUUUUUUCUUAUUGCUUUUUAGUUUGGGGGGGGCAUAUGGCUUGAUUUUGAUUUUUAUUUUUUUUAACUACUUAAACAGAAAAAUGUUAAAAGUUUAAAAUCUAAAGCUUCAAGCUGCCGUCAGUGCUGGAAUUGGAGGUGUAUUUUUUGAAGCCACAACAGACUCUGACACUGUCAAAGAACUUUUUCACUUUCACAAGUUUCCUCCCCCACCUCCAUCCAUUUCUUUCUUUUUUAAGAGCAUCACAGGACUGAUAUAUUUUUAAUACAAACACACACACGUACACACACACACACACACACACCAGUUUAGUGACAAAGGCUGAAGCACGUAGCAUCUCAAUCACCUGCCUGGGCUAAGAAAAAAAAGGAGGAAAAAAAAAACAACCCCAACCCUCUAAUAUUAUAUGUAUCAUGUAUAUUUUGACUGUGGCAUUUCUCUUUGUAUGAUUAACUUUGAGCUUGUGGUACUGCAGGAAGAGAAAAAGAUGUUAAUGGGCAAGCGGUAGUGAAAUGAACAGCGUCACAGACAUGGCCUGCCAAGCGGCUGAGGGGCCUGGGAGAUGGCAUGGGCUGCCCAAGAUGGCGGCGGUGGCACAGCCCUGUCCUCCAGGCCUCACUGGAUGUGAGAGUGAAUCCCAGUGAAUAACACGCUGCUCUGGUGUACCGAAG